AUGGCAACCGACAAGCUUCUUUUGUUGUUUGAUAAACCGUUAGAACCAAGCUUCGCCAAGAAGGGUGGCAACAAGACCAUCGAAGUACCCGUUGAUUACUUGACCGAUCGUUAUAAAGAAAUAGCACCUACUUUGGCGAAUAGAAUUGGCGAGGACUCUGAUGAAAUCGUUCAAGUCAACCAGGUACCUCAUCCGGACCUUAAGGAAGUCUUGGAGUUGGGGAGAAGAGAGAAUUUCUCGUUGUUUUUGCCAAAACAUAAAGCAAUGGCUGCGAAACUGAUCGAUAUCUUCUUAAAGGCUAAAAAUGUGGAUGAAUUUUUUUCACUUGCUGUUUAUAGUAGGGAAAGAGUUAAUCCUUAUUUAUUCAUUUACGCCUAUUCGGUUGCAAUUCUUCAUCGAAAGGAUACAAAACACAUCAAAAUACCGAAUAACAUUCAAACUUUCCCCGAUAAAUUCUUCGAUAGUAAAGUAUUUGGAGAAGUUCGUGAAAGCGCUGCCAUCGUUCCUCAAGGAUCUAGGAUUCCGAUUGAAAUGCCAUUAGAUUACACCGCGAGCGAUUUAGAACUUGAACAUCGCCUCGCUUAUUGGCGCGAAGAUUUAGGUUUGAACUUGCAUCAUUGGCACUGGCACUUGGUGUAUCCGGGUAGUGGACCACCCGAAGUCGUCCGUAAAGACCGACGGGGAGAAUUAUUUUAUUACAUGCAUCAACAAAUUAUUGGGCGCUACAACGUGGAGAGAUUAUGUAAUAAUAUGAGGCGAGUUGAGAGGUUGACCGAUUGGCAAACGGGGUUGAACGAGGCUUAUUUCCCGAAGAUUGAUAGUUUAGUAGCGAGCAGAGCUUAUCCGGCUAGGGUUAAAGAUCAAAAAAUGCGCGAUGUUAAUCGUCGCGAAUUGAAUGUGGAUGUUGAGGAUAUCGUUCGUUGGAGGGAUAGGAUGUAUCAAGCCAUUGAUCAAGGUUAUGUUACCAAUACUCAGGGACAACGAGUUAAUCUAACCGAAUUCGAAGGGAUAGAUAUUUUGGGUGAUAUGAUGGAACCGAGUGAUUUAUCACCGAAUCCUCAGCUUUACGGCUCAUUACACGGAAUGGGGCACAUGAUUAUCGCUUACAUUCACGAUCCUCAAGGGAAACAUUUAGAACCAUUCACUGUAAUGGGUGAUUUUAACACUGCAAUGAGAGAUCCAAUUUUUUAUAGGUGGCAUGCGUUCGUCGACGAUGUUUUCCAACGGUUUAAAGGAACCAUUCCGAGGUAUACUCGAGAACAGUUGGAUUUUCCAAAUGUUUCCGUUACUGAUAUGAAUGUAAAAACGCCGAGUGGGUCAACGAAUCAAUUGAACACGUUUUGGCAACAAUCCGAUGUUGAUUUUUCGAAUGGGGUCGAUUUUAUUGGAAGCGGCUCCGUUUUUGUUCGAUUUACCCAUUUGCAACAUGAACCUUUUACUUAUAAUAUCACAGUGAACAACACGACCGGUUCAAACCGAAUGGGAACUUGUAGAAUUUUCCUCGGCCCAAAAACCGAUGAAAGAGGAAAUCCGUUGCUUUUAAAUAAUCAACGAUUAAUGUUUAUGGAAAUGGAUAGAUUUACCGUUAAUUUAAAACAAGGUCAAUCAACAAUCGUUCGUAACUCAACUCAAUCCUCAGUAACAAUCCCAUUUGAAAAUUCAUUCCGAGAUUUAAAUCGCCCAGCCGGUGUAAGUCAAGAUCAAUUCAAUUUUUGCGGAUGCGGUUGGCCUCAUCACCUUUUAGUACCAAAGGGAAAACCGGAAGGGUACCCAAUGCAAUUAUUCGUGAUGAUUUCCGAUUACGAACAGGAUAAAGUCGACCAACCGGCGACGGAUGACGCUGUGGAAUGCGAUGACGCUUCAAGUUAUUGCGGCUUGAGGAAUAAGAAGUACCCCGACAAACGUUCGAUGGGUUAUCCAUUCGAUCGCGUUCCAAGACAAGGUGCGGAAACAUUACCAAAAUUCCUCACACCAAAUAUGCGCGUGCAAGAUGUUUUGAUUAAUCAUGCUAAUCGAACCGUUCGCCCUAGAUCGAAUAAUUAACUGUCAAUUUGAUUGAUUUGAAAUAUUGUUUGGAUUUAUUACUGGAUUAUGAAUAUGGAAUAUAAUAUAUUAUAUUAUACAUAA